CACACUGUACCUGAAUACUUCACUCCACGCAGCGACCACCCACGCUGGGAUCCAGAUAGCGCGCGCGCGCGAGCGAAAGAGAGAGGCAGGACACAGCUUCUUAUCUCUUAAUAGACUUCUCAUUUUGCUCACACCAGCAUUAUUAUUACAUACUCAUUCAAUCCAAAUAAGACCAUGAACCUGCUCGUUUCUGGUUGCUAAGGAGGUGAAAUCGAGCGCGAGGAGUGGACGCGGCGGCACUUUGUUACUAAGAUACAGAAAGAGACGGAGAGACUUAUUAUGGCUCAGACCUCACAGGAUCAGGGAGCAGUUGGAAUAAUUGACCCAGAUGAGGAUUCUCCAAACAUGAUUGUCUACAGAAAGAUUGAGGACAUCAUCACACACCUCCAAGAUGAAACAGAAGGUGUACCUGUCAGAACGGUGAAGAGCUUCCUGUCAAAGAUUCCCAGCGUAGUCACAGGUUCAGAUAUUGUUCAGUGGAUGAUGAAAAACCUCAACAUAGAUGACCCGGCGGAGGCUAUUCAUAUUGGCAGCCUGAUUGCUGCACAAGGCUACAUAUUUCCAAUCUCUGACCAUGUUCUGACCCUCAAGGAUGAUGGGACAUUUUACCGCUUUCAGGCUCCAUAUUUUUGGCCCUCUAAUUGCUGGGAGCCGGAGAACACAGACUAUGCCAUCUAUCUGUGCAAGCGGACCAUGCAGAACAAAACCCGUUUGGAGCUGGCAGACUAUGAAGCUGAGAAUCUAGCGCGCCUUCAGAGGGCUUUUGCCAGAAAGUGGGAGUUCAUCUUCAUGCAGGCUGAAGCACAGGUCAAGAUCGACAGGAAAAAGGACAAGACGGAGAGAAAGAUUCUGGAUAGCCAAGAAAGAGCCUUCUGGGAUGUUCACCGGCCUGUGCCAGGAUGUGUCAACACAACAGAGAUGGACAUCAGAAAGUGUCGCCGCCUAAAGAAUCCCCAAAGAGUUAAAAAGUCAGUGUAUGGUGUAGUGGAUGAUACACAGACACAGAGUCCUGUACACACACCCUUACAACAGAACAACAAAGACACCAGAGAAGAUGUAGAGAAAGAGAUCUUGUUCUUGAACACUCAGUUGGAUCGACACUGUAUGAAAAUGUCCAAAGUAGCUGAGACAUUGAUGAGUUACACAGAGCAGUAUCUUGACUACGACCCUUUUGUAACAACACCAGACCCAUCCAACCCCUGGGUCGGCGAUGACGUCACUUUUUGGGAGACAGAGGCCAGUAAGGAACCGAGUCAACAGCGAGUAAAGAAGUGGGGCUUCUCACUGGAUGAAGUUUUAAAGGACCCCGUGGGCCGUGAGCAGUUCCUUAAAUUCUUGGAGUCUGAAUUCAGCUCUGAAAACCUCCUGUUCUGGUUGGGCGUGCAGGAUCUGAAGUGCCGCCCCCUGCAGGAAGUGCCAGCUCGUGCCCAGGAGAUCUGGCAGGAGUUUCUUGCAGAAGGAGCUCCCAACGCAAUCAAUCUGGACUCGCACAGCUACGAACGCACCAGUCAGAAUUUAAAAGACUCCGGACGUUAUAGCUUUGAAGAUGCCCAGGACCACAUUUACAAGCUGAUGAAGAGUGACAGCUACCCUCGAUUCCUGCGCUCCAAUGCUUACCAGGAUCUUCUAUUGGCUAGAAAGAAGCUUGAGACUGAACAAGGCCGCCGUACAUCAUUGGAGAAAUUCACUCGCAGUGUGGGCAAAUCUCUGACAGGUAAACGACUGACUGGCCUCAUGCAGUCAUCCUGACAAGUCUUUUUCUUCGAGAUGUCCAGCCCCGUCCUGAGAAACUGGAAUAUGUUGGGGUUGAAGCAUUGUGCCCAUGAUGGGCAACAUGUAUGGACCAGCCUUUCUCUAAGACCCACCCAAACAUCGCACAGCUACCGACUCUAGAUGGCAGCAUGCAAUAAAAAUCUCCCAACCACGACAGUGUUGACUGCAAAGAGAAAUGUCAGACUUCCCAGUACCAUCUAGAGCACCAUUAUAAGUUUAUUUGAUACUUAUAGCCACAGAGAAGCAAGGACGGGACUGAUCGCUCACCGCUGGAUGUCCAGCAUCAAUUCAACCUCUUCAUUUUCAUUGUACCCAUGGGAAUCGAUAAGGUAUGCAGUAAUUGAUGUAAAGUACAUCAUAAGCAUUUGGAUGAAGAGAGGAUGUGUCUCAAAUCUUCAGAGCAUUCCAAAGGAGUGGGGAAAGUGAAAAGGGCUUUCAACGUCUGUUUCCUCAGUUAAUGUCUUUUCAUACUCUCUCUCUCUCUCUCUCUCUCUCUC